UAUCUCUUUGUACUCAUUAAAAACCAACAUCAGGCUAACCAAAUGCCUGCAGGCUGGGAAGAGCCAGCGGCUCCCGCAUCGGCCUGCUUCGCUUAAACCCAGCCGUUAACUCACCUCCCUGACGCGGGACCGACCGAGCCGCUUCUCUGGCUUUAAAGUUCAGCCCUCCUUCACUCCUUGGUCGGUUCACGAUAAUGUUGAGCAGCGUUGCUCUGCGCUCCCAGAUCGCCUCCGUGAUUGAUGCCUUGUCCAAAGCAGCCGUGGCAGAAAUCGCCAAAGUUGUGGAGGAUGGCAUGGUGGUGCUGCGGCUGGAAAUGUGCCAGCGUGAAAACGAGAUCAAGAAGCUGAAGAGCAACAUCGAGCUCCUGCACGGCGAGCUGAGAGCAGCCCAGCAGGCGGUGACCCUGAGACCCGACCACCACGGGAGAGAUGAAAGCCAGGGUGGUGCUGGUGAUGCGAAGAACUCUCUUGAAAAUGUGCAUGCUGAUGAUGGACCCGGCACCCUGUCUGUUCCUGAAGUGAAGGUCAAAUGUGAACCUGUGGAGGAGGAAAAUCAAGAGGCCAGCAGACAGUCCGGCAAACCCGGAGAAGAGCUGCCUCUGUAUGAAAGUGGACAGUGGAGAUCGACGACACAAAAUGAGACUGGACACAACAGCUCUGAUUAUUUAAGUUUAGGACAGAACUCCCUGUCGUGUCUUUCAGAAUCGUCUUUGGACAGUGGGCUGGUCGUGUCCUGCAGCAGCUCUGGUGGAUUUCAGCAGAACCACUUUGGUCGUGGGUUACUGGGUUAUAGUCUGUACCGCAACGCGUACAACACGGUACGGAGGAGGACAGUAAAGCGGUUGCUGUUUAAGAAAGGCUUUAUCUGUCCGUACUGCGGCAAAUGUUUCGAGCGCGCGGGGCAUCUCGAGCGACAUAAAAGGAUUCACACUGGCGAGAAGCCGUACCGCUGCGAGAUAUGUGGGAGGCGGUUCAAUCAGAAGUGCAGCCUCAAGGAGCACACAAAGAUUCACAGAAGAUGUAAUCAGUCAGGACCAGUCGAGAUCCAAGUGGCUGAGCAGAAACUGAUUCCUGAGGUGAAUCCACCUAUUGAUGCGCAUCGCCCUGAAGAAGCGAGUGUUAAGGAUGCUCUACUUAAGAGUGAGGACAUUCUGCCAACACCUGUACAGGUUAAAUCUGAGCCCGCAGAGAAGAAUAUCACACCGCCACCGCUCUUUCACGCGGGGAACGAGCAGACAAGAGAAGGAGUUGAAACCCUCGGCGACACCUUCACAGUGUUUGAGAGAGACAGCCAGCAGUGGAUGCCCAGACUACAAAACAACCCUGAGAUGGGCAGUGGAGAAUUCCUUAGCAGCUCGGAGCAAAACAUGCCAUCAUUCCCCGGGAUGGCUCAGUUACUCCCACCACCAGCUGAAGCUUCUUGUAGCACCUUCUCUUUCCCAGGAAAACCGUACGGCGAACUCAAAAACAGCAUGAUCUCCCAAACGCCCUUUGGAUCCUCAGACCCUCUUAUGAUAUCCCAAGAAGGAGGCUUACACGGUAUGACAGAGACCUUGAUGAAUCACGUGCAUCAGAGGAGAAGCAGAUCUUUUCAGGUAAUCAAACCAAAGAAGUGCUUCAUCUGCUCGUAUUGCGGCAAGAUCUUCGAGCGAGCCGGACACCUUGAAAGGCAUUUGCGAAUUCAUACCGGUGAGAAGCCGUACGGCUGCCACAUCUGUGGGAGGUGCUUCAAUCAGAAGAGUAGCCUCAAAGGCCACAUGAAGACACACAGAAACGGAGAAAACCCAGAUGUGCUGGAGCCACAGCACAUGAUGUUUACACUUCCUGAUAACCAACUGUUGCAGAACUUGGCAGAAUCUAAGAAUGGACUACCACCUUUUGAGGAACCCUUACCAGGCCCCACAUACGGUGAGACGGCCAGGGAGGAAACGGUUAUGGUAAAGCUGGAGCCUAAUGGAGAGGAUUUUCAGGCUGUAGGUCAGGGAGGGACUGAUAAUGGCACGGCAGCACCAGAUCAAAGUCAGCUGUGGACAUCUGGGAUGGAGAAGAGCAGCGAUGCCCCUGAGCAAACUGUCUGUGUACUUCUACAAGAUGUCAAGUAUCACCUCAGUCCUGCUGCCGGAGGUGCGAGUGAGCAGCAGGGAUAUACGUCGCCAAUCAAGGAUCUGCCUUUUCUAGACAACAAAGAAAAUGAAGAAAUGAUGCUCGGCGACCAGUAUUCUGUCAUAGGCAUGCAACCCAGCAGCUCUGAUAUAACUCUCACACCUGAGCCACACAAUCAGCAUAUCAUACACAAGGUGGCUGUGAGUGAUUACAACACGGCGAGUGACCGGACUCCUGAAGGGGGUGUUUUUGGAUUUAACAUGAACUCGUCAACCGACCAUGAGGGAAACUGUGGCGAGGACUCUGCCACGCAAAACUGCUUCAUAUGCUCGAAUUGUGGCCAAAGCUUUGAUAGCUUCGAUAUAUUUCAGAGACACCAGUGUGAGAAAAUCACAGAGCAGCCUUUCAGCUGUGAGAUCUGUGGAAAGAGUUUUAACCAGAUGAGCAUCCUGAAACUGCAUCUUAAACUGCAUGUGGAGUGAAAUAUACACAAAUAUGUAAGCAUAGCACACACGUACAGUUAUUCCUAUUAUUUAUAUAAACACUUGACAUGUAGUAAAACUCUCAAAGGCUGAAUCUGAAGAACAAAAUGUUGAGGUAGGUUUUUGUUUUUUUCCAAGCUCAAAAUGACUGAUCCGUCUGACUUCUGUGACAUUUUUAAGUGCUCACAGAAAUGUUUUCCUGCUGCUUCGAACCACUUCAUCUGUUUUUGAAUUGAUUGAGGAGUGUAAUUGCUCUGCAACACAACUGCUCUUUACUUGCUCUGUAUUGUUCUGUGCUGGGCUCUUGAGUGCCUUUCACAAUAGUGUAAUUAAUAUGAGGAGAGAAACAAAGUUGAGAGUAUGGAAGCGCGAUGCAUUCACUUGACAUGAACAAAAAUACACCUGUUUUUUUUUUUCUGAAUUAAUAUAAUUCUCUUGGAAAUCCAAAGAAAAGCUUAAGAUCUUAAAAUCCUAAAAGAGGAGAAAGUCUUUGAGUCAUGUAGUUGAUAACAUUACAAACUGUUUGCUGUAUAUUUAUGUGUUUUUCUGGGAUUCCUUAAACAUCAACAUACAGAAAUAGCAGUAUCUCCCAAUGUUUUAAACGUAAGCAAAUGAACAUCCAUCUUCCACUUAUGGGGGGCCAGAUUGUGGGGGCAGCAGCCUAAGCAGAGAAGCCCAGACCUCCCUCUCCCCAGCUACCUCCUCCAGCUUGUCUGGGGGAACACCAAGGCGUUCCCAGGCCAGCCGAGAGAUAUAAUCUCU